AUGAACAUAAGCAGAUCAAAGUCUCAGCCAGGAGAUAAAUUUACAUCUAAAAUUCAUGCAAAUAUCACAUCUAAAAGUAGAUACAACAUCAAUCAAAAUCUUCAGAAUAAUUAUGCAACCAAGAAAGAUCUGAAGGAAUUAAAAUAAGAAAAAUAUAGUUCUAGCCAAAGCUGAUGUCCUAAGGAAAUAAGCAGAUCAAGGCUGCUAUAAAAGAACUGGCUAAAGCCAACAAAGAAAUGAUUGAAUUCCAAAAGUCAAGGAAGAACAACCCUUCUGCCAAGAAAUUGAAUAUCCUGGCUAUCUCAGAAAAGCUAAAAUUGAAACUUAAGAAGGAAUCUGACCGGGAGGUAGAAAUCAAGAAGAACAUUAAAAUAAGAGCUCUUCAGAAAAUGCUUAAUACAAAUGAGACCGAUUUGGCCAAAUUAGAAACAAUGCAUGACCAGAAGGUCGAUUCUGAACAUGAAAAGUCAAAACUUCUAACUGAUGAAGUUACUAUUAUGACUGAAAAGCCUAAGGUUAGUGAAGUAGGAACAGAGACAGAUAUAGGAUAUAAUAAUCUUCUCAGACCCGUAAGAGCAGAUCGAUUAAGAUCAUCAGAUUCCUUACCUAAAUUGAUCCAACAAUCUGUUCAAUAUGACUCAGUUGAAGGACUUGAAAAUGAAACUCCAUUUUCAUAUUCUAAAGGCUUUCAAGCCUUAGAAGAAAUUGGCGAGGAGCAUUUACAAGAAUAUUAUUCCCUCUGCUCUUUAAUUAGAGAUGAAACUCCAGACGAUAAAAUUAUGUCCCUAAAAUAUAACGAGCAUCAAAACCGUUUUAAAAACCAUAAAUAAAUUGAAUUUCAAACCAAAUGAUGUUUUUAAUUUGACUAAAUCCAUUCAAAAUUCAGAACAAAAGAUGAAAACAAAGAAACUCAAAUGCAAAAUCUUGAAGGAGAUAAAUCAAAAUUACUCAAAAAUCAUGAGCUUUAGCAAAAAUAGAACUGUAAAAAGAUUCCAAGCGUCUAUUUUGAAAGUUUCUUCUGUCAAGCCUAAAUUCAAGCAUAAAUAACAAGCAAACAAUGACACAGCCAGAUAUGCUAUCCCUUUUGAAUAAACUUAAAGAUUAUUUAUUAAAAGGGAAGAUCAUUGAGAACAAAUUACAAGAGAAUAAUUCAUUUGAAGUCGUUAGAAAAACUAGUAUUUUAGAGACCAAAUGAGACAAAAAGAGUCGCAAAACAAACUUAAGCAGAAAACAAAGAAGAGAAAUCGAAAAAUAGACUCAUUAUGAUCGACAGGAUCUCAAAAUCAUGCUCAAACUCAAUCAGCCACCCACCCCACUCCAAGCCGCCCUCUCUCCACCCCCCUCCCACCACCUCCGCAGACGCCCCCGACACCUUCUCUUCCUACCAAAAAAUCCCUCUACUCCCUUCAAUCCCCCUUCCAAACCCCUCCAGCCACCCAUACCACCCCCUCCCACCCCCUCUCUCCAACGUAACCCCCUCUCUCACCUACAGUCCUUCACAAAUCUCCUUCAGACUCCUUCCCUCUCUCAGUCAGUCACCGAAGAGAAGUACCCUUCCAGUGACCACUGGAAGGGUACUUCAGAGUGGUGACAAGUAGAGGUGUGGAAGAAGGCUAAAGUUAGAGAGUUUAGAAGAAAGGAGUAUUCAAGGAGGUUUUUGAAGUAGGAAUGCGGUAAGUACAAGCGAACUA